AUGUCGGAGCCGAAGAAAGCAAGGCCGUCGCCCCUCGGACUCUUCAAGGAGAUCUUCAACUGGUAUCCCUCGUCGUAUCCGGCUGAGGAGCGGAAGCUGCUGUUCAAGCUUGAUCUCUCGAUUCUGGUCUACUCCUGCCUCUGCUUCUUCGUGAAGUACCUCGACCAGACCAACAUCAGCAAUGCGUACGUUAGCGGGCUCAAGGAGGACUUUGGGCUUUACGGCAAUGAACUCAACUACUUCAACGUCUGCUACUACACCGCGUAUGUGGUAUUCCAGGUUCCUGGGUUGCUUCUACUGUCGAGACCAAAGCUAGCUCGCUGGCUCCUGCCCACCCUUGAAAUCCUCUGGGGAAUCUGCACCUUCGCCCAAAGCCGCGCAACAAACGUGCAUCAGCUCUACGCCAUGCGAUUCCUGGUGGGCAUGUUCGAGGCUCCGGUUUUUGCCGGAACGCACUUCAUCCUAGGUGAACCACGCCUGAAUCACGGCUCCUAUAUCAGUCUAACAAGUCUAGGCUCAUGGUACUCCGGCCCCGACCUCUUCAAGCGCGCUGGAACCUGGUUCAUCUGCAAUCCGCUCGGCACAAUGAUCAGCGGGUACCUGCAAGCAGCGGCAUACACCAACCUCUCCGGAGUCGGAGGUAUGCCAGGGUGGAGGUGGCUUUUCAUCAUCGAUGGGAUCUUUACCAUCCCCGUCGCGCUAAUAGGGUUCUUCAUAUUCCCGGGUGUGCCCGACUCGCCGCGACCAUUCUUCCUGACAGAACGGGAUACAGAGAUCGCGAAGGAGCGGAUGAGAAGGGCGAAUAUUCGACGACCUGGACGGUUGGGGCUGGAUGUCUUUAAGAGGAGUCUGAAGCGGUGGCAUAUCUAUGUGUUUCUGUUUUGCUAUGCCUGCAUGAUCCUCUCCUCCUACCCAAGCGGCUACAUGAACCUCUGGUUGAAGGCCGAAGGAUACUCCGUCACCCAAAUCAACCAGUACCCCACCGUCAUCCAAGCCCUCAACAUCGUCUCCUCGUGGCUCGGGACAACUCUCGCUUCGAUCUAUCCGUCAUGGAUCAUAUAUACCAUCAUCUCGGCCUCCUCACUGUUCUCGACUCUCUGCAUGUGCAUCUGGAAUAUCCCGACGGGGCUGAAAUUCCUCGCCUGGUUCCUCUUCGGCGUCUCCGGCUGCGCAAGCCCAAUCCUCUACUCCACCGUCAACACCAUCGUAAAAGACGACUCCGAGGAACGAGCCCUUAUCAUGGGCUCAAUGAUGACAUUCGGCUACUCCUUCAACAUCUGGGUCCCGCUCUUGCUCUUCCCAACCGCCGGGCCAGACGGCGCCCCGCGCUGGCGAAAGGGGUGGCCUGUGACAUUUGUAUUCUAUUUCUUUCUCUGGGCUGGGUUCAUCACGUCGCUUGUUCUGUAUAGACGGGAUCAGAGGGGGGAAGCGCUGGGAGCUGGCGAGGCGGAGUCUGACGCAGAUGGUGGGGAGGGUGUUGAGACGCCGGUUGAGGAGGAGGUUGUUGAGAGGACGAAGGAUGGGAAGAGGUAG